CCAUUGCCACCGCCCAGGCACCCACCUGUGAGAUCUCAUUCAAGCAUCUGAUUUAAAUAAUCCUUAUAAUUAAUUAAAAACUUGCUAUUUUAACUUGAAAAAUUGUUAAUUCAAGGGACAAGUCAAUAAUUUUCAUGAAAACAUCUUCAUUUUUGUGAAUAUUUUGGAACUAGGCAAAAGAAGUAUAUUUACUUAUCCAAUGGGGAAGAGCUGGAGACAGCUAUUAUUGUUGGUGCUCUAAUGGAAGGAUUUAAUAAUGCUGAAAACAGCAUAGCAUCUGAGGAGGAUGAAGCUGACCUGGAAAACAUUCUUGAAGACCUUCUGAAUAUUUCAGAGGAAACAGAAAAACUUAUUGCCGAAAAAUAUCCAUACUUAAAAGUUGAUUCCAUCACAUCAAAAGAACAUCUUCUCGAGAAUACCCACAAAAAUGUGGUAAACAAAUCCACGACCAUUAUCGCAAGUCAACGAUUCCAAUGUGAUUUAUGUCCAAUGGCAUUUUCACAUCAAUAUAAAAUUAUACGACAUCUAAAGACGCACAGUGAAAGGCAAGUUUUACAGUGUCAUCAUUGUGAAAAAACAUUUAACCAUCGAAACUCACUUGCCCUUCAUGUGAAGAGUCACUUUCGAAAGUGUCGAGAAAACAAAUGCCUAUUAUGUAAUAAACUCCUCGUGCAUAGAUGCGCAGUGUGCAAUAUGGAAUUCUAUACCAGAGCAGAGCUUAGAAAUCAUACGAAAAUAAAUCAUAGCCAGGAAAACUUAAAAUGUGAACUUUGUUCCAAAGAAUUCUCACUGCAAAGGCACUUGACGCAACAUAAGAAGGUACAUUUAAAAAAUAAUGAAUUCAAAUGUGAUAAAUGCUCGAAGAAAUUUAAAAGUCGUAAAACCUUUAAGGCUCAUCUUAUAUGUCAUGCAACGGAAAGAACACAUUCCUGUGAUGUGUGUGGAUCAAAAUUUCAGCGAAAAAAUGCUCUAACUGAACAUAAAAAGCUACAUAACGGUACUAAACAAUAUUCUUGUAGACUUUGUGAUCGCAAAUUUGCACAAUUUGCUGGAUUGUAUACGCACAUGAAGAUACAUUUACAAUAAAGAUUAAUUACUAUUUUCUUAGAAAUUUUAAAUGUAUCA